AUGGCUAAGGGCGGUGCGCCCCACAAAGCGUCGAAGCAGUCGCUGACUAAAAUCACCAAAAAGCCGCUCAAGAAGCGGAGGAAAUCUUGCAAGCAGAACUAUUCCACUUACGUGUACAGGGUGCUGAACCAGGUCCACCCUUCCACCAGGAUCUUGUCCAAGGCCAUGAAUGUUAUGAAUCCCUUUGUUGUCGACAUUUUCAACAGCAUUGGCUCGGAGGCUUUGCACCUCAUUCACUGCAACAAGCGCUGUGCCAUCUUGGCCAGAGAGAUCCAGAGCGCCAUCCGCCUCAUGCUGCCAGGGAAACUGGCCAAACACACCGUUUCCGAAGACACGAAAGCGGUCACCACAUACACCAACUCCGUUUAG